GCAAACUUGAUGCACAGUGUGCUUCAUUGUUGAGGUUCUCGAUACAUAUUCACCCACAUUGUUUAGAGUAUCUUUUAGUGCUGCCCCAAUGCAAGGCCAGAGGGGUGCAAUUGGUUCCUUGCCUGAAACCUUAGAAUUCAAUUGUGGAUCCACAUCAAGUAAUCCUACUGUGGAUCAGCAAAUUUGCUGGAAUAAUAUGCGGAAUCCUGCUGAUAAUGAUACUAAUAUACCUGAGUAUUUACUUCCUUUGAACGAUAUGAACCCACCAUAUAAUUCUAUAAGCCAUGAAUGGCAGAAUUCAAGUGGAUGGAGCUUAGGUGAGCCAGUUCUAGUAAUACCCAGAGUGAAAAUCAACAACAAUCUGCAGAAAAGAGAACUUGGAUGGACAUCUCCAAUUAGUGCUAGUGCUGCAGCUGGUCCAAGAGCAGAAGGAAGGCACUUUGAGCCAACUUCCUCUCUUUCGGCUGACAAUGUUAAUUCCAGUCCCACAUAUAUGCACAACUCCGGUUCUCACAUGUCACCGAAUCUCAACUUAAAUGCUGGCUUGGCAGAUGUUGGUGGUGAUAACAGCCAGCUUUUGGAGCAUCCGAACUUGCACAAAUCUAGUGGAUCAGUAAACGAGCAUGUUCCACCUGGCAUUGUUUCUGGUCCUUUUCCUCCUCCUCCUGGAAAUAACAGCUUUGUGCUAGAAGGCACUGAUGCUAGGUCGGGUUGUUCUCUAGAUGUGUGCCGUGCAUCUUGUAAAAGAAAGGCCGUUGAAGAAAAUGUCGGACCAUCUUUGGAUGGUGGAAGUUCUAGUUCUAGUCAGCAUGCAGAAAGUAGUGCUUGGAACACUCUUCCAACUCAGGAUAAUGCUGGGAGCAGUUUAAGUAGAUCUGCUUCAUCUGAGCAAGUAAAUGCUAGACUUGGGCUGGGAAUGGGGGAUGAAACCCCUGAAAACCUUCCUGAUUCAAAUGAUGUGGGGAGCACUGGAAGCUUCCACAGGAAUCUCCGUUUGAGGAUAAGUCCUUCAGGCCUGCAAGAUUCAAUUCCUCCCCCUGCAUUCUCUACUGGGAGUGUGAUUAGGCAUUCUAGUAUGUCAACCUCGUCAAUGUCACAUAGGUUCCCGCCUGUUGAUAACUCCCUGGACUUGAGGGCAGCACCAAUGGUAGAUAAUGUAAUUCCUCAAAGCCAGCCCCUUGUGAUCCAUGUUCCUUCUUUGCCAAGGAAUAUGCAAUCAUUACGAUGGAAUGGUAGUUCUAGUUCAAGCAACAGCCAAUCAUCAAGCCCAAUCCUUUGUGCAGAGAGGGAUAACCAACCACAGGAAGAAUCAAGCUCAAGAAGUAUUUCUAGAAACAUUUUUGAUCGCCCAGUGUUCGUACCUGCAACUGAUUUAAGAAAUAUUGUCCGAAAUCCAACAACUAGAGCUUCAGGUAGCACAAAUUUAAGCAUGUCUGGAAAUGUUGCUUCUUCUUCACGGGCUGGAUCAAAUUCAGCUAUCAAUCAGUCAUCUGUCGCAUGGGUUUCUCGUCCUAAUCCUCCACAAUAUCCACGUAGAUUGUCUGAAUAUGUUCGUCGAUCAUUGUUUUCUCCUCCUCCUGAGACCGCUGGAAGUCAAAAUCCAAGCAAUAAUCAUUCCUUGCGCUCUGGUCCUAGUGCUUCAUCUGAAGCAAGGGUGCCAUCUUCUGGGGCUGGUGGCCAAGGACAUCAUUCAUCACACCCAAGAUCUUUGUGGAUGGAGAGGCAAGGUGACGCUGAAUUUGGAAUACCUUAUUCAUUGCGAAGUUUGGCUGCUGCUGGUGAAGGAAGUAGUAGUAGACUAGUAUCUGAGCUCCGUAAUGUUUUGGGCCUCAUGCGAAGGGGUGGAGGCCUGCGAUUUGAGGAUGUUAUGAUUCUUGAUCAGUCAGUCUUUUCUGGAAUGGCUGAUAUUCAUGAUCGACACAGAGAUAUGCGUCUUGAUGUUGAUAACAUGUCUUACGAGGAGUUGCUGGCUCUAGAGGAGCGAAUUGGAAAUGUGAGUACUGGGUUGAGUGAAGAAACUGUAAUGAAACUUUUGAAACAGAAGAAGUAUUCAGUUGAAAAAGGAUCUAAACUUGAGGCAGAACCGUGCUGUGUCUGUCAGGAGGAGUAUAAUGAUGGAGAUGAUAUAGGAACCCUUGAUUGCGGGCAUGAUUACCACACAGGCUGUAUCAAACAGUGGCUAAUGCAUAAGAAUCUGUGUCCCAUUUGUAAGACAACGGGCUUGGCCUCGUGAGACAAGACAACUAUUCAAUUCUCAGGCAUUUGAUUCCGCCAAAAACAAAAUUGGAGAUGGAGAUGGAGAGAAUUGGUUCAAUUACCUUGGAAACUCAGGUUAAUUGAAGCGGAAUUCUCUCGUGCGUUGCUGCCUUGUCAGUUGUCAUACCCUCAUUCUAUAUAUAGCGUUAGUGAAUGCUCAAGCACCUGUUCAUCUGACAAAUCACAAAUGUCUUCCCUUCCCCCUUCCCUCACUUUCGAUUUUACUAUUUUGUUUAUUUAUUUUAGCCAAUGAUCUUGCACUUUAUGGGACUGAUAAUUGGUGUUGGGUGAAGGAAGCAUAAUUUAUCUUUAUUCUAGCUGAUCACGAUUGGUUUUUACUUUU